CUUCAGAGAGUCACAGCAAUUAACGGCACUGGUUUUGAGGAACUAACGGUGAAAGCAGCAUGACAGCGGACAGGCUGAGCACGGCGAGCUGCCGGGAGCUGGAGGCUGGCACCUGGAGCGGGCAGUGAGCAGUGGCCAGACACACCGGGCACGGAGGAGAGGUGAUGCCAAAGCCACGGAGGAGACCAUGGCCAGGCACGGUGCUGGGACACUCUUCCUGCUGUGGCUCUCCCUGCUCUGGUCCGUCCGCCUGGGCGGGACCCUGCGCUGUGCCUUGGUGGCCUUGGGCUCAUCUGUGGUGCCCCUUGGCUCAGCCAUCAUGGCAUCCUGCACCAUCCGGCUUGAGUUCUGCCAUGGCUUGGAGGAGGGGAAGGUCUGGAUCACCUGGAUGCUGGACAACGAGCCCAUGGCUGGGAGCCAGCACCGCGGCCCGGGGGGAACGGAGGUGUCCAACCUCACCCUGGCCCAGUUCAACCGCACGCAGGCCAAGCUGUGGUGCUUGGUGGAGUGGAACGGGGCCAAGCAGCGCGUGGGCAUGGCUGAGAUCAGGGCAGGCUACCCACCUGCAAAGCCCUUCAACCUCAGCUGCGUCCUGAACCUCAGCACCUAUGGGUUGACGUGCCAGUGGGAGCAGGGACCUGACAGCCUCCUCCCCACAAACGUAACACUGCAGUGUGCCCAGAGCAGAGCCCCGGCAGUGACAGGCUGCACCCCACAAGGCGGCGGCAGGGUCUGCACGGUGCCGCGCCGGCUGCUCCAGCUCUACCGGGAGAUGGAGCUCUGGGUGUCCGCCACCAACGCGCUGGGCACGGCCGAGUCGGAGCGGCUCCGCAUCGACCCCAUGGACGUGGCCAAGCUGGACCCACCAGCCCUACAGAGCAUCCAGUCCAUCCCCUUCCAGACCGACUGCAUCACCCUGGCCUGGGAGCUGUCCCACAGCACCGUGCACAUGGAGCUGGAGUGUGAGCUGCGCUACCGGGCGCCUGAGGACCCUGCCUGGGCUCUGGUCACCGGCAUCGUGGGCCAGGCGGGCACCACGCAGCGCUGCGGCUUCCUCUUCGGCACGCGGUACCACUUCCAGAUGCGGUGCCGGCGGAGCUCGGCACGAGGCUACUGGAGUGAGUGGAGCCCAGGCAGGAACUACACCACCCACGAGAAAGCCCCCACGGGGAAGCUGGACGCGUGGUGGAGCACCCGUCUGGCCGGGACAGGUGGGCAGCUGGAGGUGCAGCUGCGCUGGAAGGCCCUGCGGUGGCAGGAGGCGAAUGGGCGAGUGCUGGGGUACUGCGUCACCCUGAGCCCAAGGAGGAGGGGCAGGGACCCUCCCGCUGUCUGCAACACCACCCACACCCAGUGCAACUUCUCUGCCCCGGCGGGGACCAGGAGGGUCUAUCUCUCAGCCUACAACGCUGCCGGCGAGUCAGCGGCGACCGAGGUUGUUCUCCUGGAGAGGAAAGGUCAGCCUGUGGCCGGGCUGUGGGCCGUGUCCGGGGGGGAGCACAGCCUCUGCGUGCACUGGGAGGCCCCUCCAGCCCCACCAGCUGCCUACAUCCUGGAGUGGCAGCGGGUGUCCUCGGCGCCCGGCGGCUGCAGCGCCUGCUGGCAGAUGGAGCAGGACGGGGCCACCACCACUGCCCUCAUCCAGGACGGCAUCGAGCCUUUCCAGCGGUACAACAUCUCGCUGUACCCCCUCUACAACCACGCCGUAGGGGUGCCCGUCCACACCACAGCCUACUCCAAGCAGAAGGCACCAUCCGAUGCCCCGAAGCUCCACCUGAAGAGCAUCAGCAAGUCCAGCGCUGAGCUCUGCUGGGACCCGGUGCCUGUUGAGAUGCAGAAUGGCUUUAUCACCGGCUACACCAUCUUCUGGGCCAACAGCGUCGCAGAAGUGGCCAGCACUGCCGUGAAUCCCACUCUCAGCUCCUUUGUCAUCCAGGACCUGAAGCCAUCGACCCUGUACAGAGUGCACAUCAUGGCAUCCACGGCUGCCGGCAGCACCAACGGCACCAGCCUGACCCUGGUGACCACAGUGCUCGAUGACAAUGAAAUCCAGUUCCUCUUCCUGACCCUGGGGCUGAUCUUUGUCCUGUUCAUACUUUUGCUCAUCUGCUUCCAGAAGAAUGGGCGUGUGAAGCAGCAGUUCUGGCCCAGCGUCCCCGACCCCGCCAACAGCAGCCUGGGCAAGUGGGUGCCAGCAGAGCUGCAGCAGGAGCCUCUGUCCGUCCCCGGCGUGAGGGAGCCCGGCCUGGCCACCAUCUCCACCGUCACCGUGCUCGAAAGGGCGGCAGGGAAGCAGCCCCCGCCCUGGGGCAAGGAGCCCAGCCCCGAGCCCGCCGCGCCCGCCGUGCCGCAGCCCUACGUGCGGCAGGAGGGGCCGGGCCGGGCGGGCCGCGGCUGGGCGGUCCCGGAGCAUCCCCGGGGCCCCGCGGAGACCGUCCAGUACGCGCGGGUGGUGGGCGAGGGGUACACGGGCCAGCAGCAGGGCCCGCCCCGCCUCUACCUGCGCUCCAGCUCCGCGCAGCCCCUGCUCCCGGAGCCCAGCCCGGGCCCCGAGCGCUACGGGAACCUCUGGUUCCACCGCGGGGAGGGCGGCUGCCCGGAGGAGCUGCCCGCCACCUUCCCGCUGCUGCAGGGCCUGCGCAUCGGCGGGGCCGAGGAGCCCCGCGACUGCUGGGCGUUCUAGUGCCGGGGCCGUGUGUGUGUCCCCUCCCUCUCCCGCAAUAAACGGGGACGCGCUGAGAACGGCCCGGGACGCGCCUGCAGGGGAACGAGC